UCGGUAGCUCCGGCACAGCAUCUUCUUGCUUCUUGGUGCCCUGCUGAUGUUGGCCACUGUGGCCAUUAGUAGCUACCGUAUCCGCCAUUUCGCGUGCCACUACUUCACGAACCCCUAGUCGCGUUCAAGUGAUCGUACGAAGGUCCGGCACCACCAACCUGUUGCACAAGACUACACUCUUCGUGUGGGGAGACUGGGUGGCAAUCAGCGAAUCAUGUCUCUCGAGAGCACGAGCGAACGCGACGAUGCGAGUGCGAGUGGAGAGAAGGUAUCACUUCUCAUCUAGCACAACAAUUCAAUGUUCUACCAGUCUGUCUCUGUCCUCUAUGCCACCGUGUAACGGAAAGAAGUCGUCCCCGUGGAGGCCGCCGAUGUAUUUGCGAUGAUAGAUUGGCGCACGAUCGUUGGGUUCCAUUUGUGGGGGGGACCCCCACACAGCACACGUGCCGCUGAACUUGACAUACACUACACGCGAAGUGUAUGCAGAGUGUGCUUCUCUGCAGCAUCAUCUGGUUUGCGCAUUCGUCGUAGUCCGAAAGGGAAACCGCGAUUGGCCAUUGUGAUUGCUAUUCAACCUAGUCAUCGUGAGAUCGCGCUCAACCACCGUUGACGACUGAAAUUGUCCAAAAUUGACACAUUAAAGGGGAUGAGGGGGAGACGGUUCUGGUCUAUCAAUUUGCUCAGCAUCAACAUUUGUCUUGUGGCCCGUUCGUCCUCGGAGCGCACACACUGUCUGUUCGUCGUGAAUUGGAAUUUCUAACGACGAAGCGGUUAUCAAAAUUUAACUCCCCUCUCCCCCGCUACACACGCUCCUCCCCGUCCGCCGGCAUCUAUAUACAUUCGUCAACAGCUAAACGACUCGCGACGGGGCGUGCGCCUAGCAGAGCACCAUCCCCCUGUAUAUGAUACUCCGAUAAGAUACGAAACGCAGAAGGCCCCAAUAAUCAUGGGGGACCCUGACCAUUCGCGUCCACGUCUUUUACGAAGAACAAUACCAUAAAUGGGAGAGAAGUGCGCCGUUGUCCGAUUAGAUUUUGCGCCAAGCUCUCCUUCCCUCCUGUUUUAGGUGGUGACCACGCGACACGACGCGAUGCCGCUAGAUGAGUUAGCGAAAUUGACCAACCGUGCAGCAAACAACAUGUAUAUUUGCUGUCUCAUUGUCCCACGGACGCUGUUUGGCUCGGUGUUGAUGGUGAUUUUGUCGAAACUAAUACCGCCAUACCGGAAGCCUACAGCACGGAUUUUUGCGAGAAGUCGGAUUAUUCGAUGGGAGCCGGGGUAGGUUAUGUAAAUGUUUGUUCGAUCACUUACAUCCUCUCUGGAACAGGUUAUAAUGCGCGACGCAUCCUCUUCGUAGAUGGUAAUACGCCGUGUGUUACUCAAGGGUGAUACGUCUGAUAGUGCGCACAACAGGUACGCAGGCACAGUCCAGAUAAUCCAGCGGAAGUUCGGAGUGCGAGUGAGUCAACGCGUGGUGUAACGAACCCCAGCUGCAACUGGAGCGUGCCGUGUCGGAUGCCUUAAAAGGAAUUAGGGCAAUUCGAUUGGACAUCGGAACGGUUGGUCAAUGAAUCGGCGCGCAUCGGCGCUUUUUCGUCCUCGGAAAGCCACGUUACUGUUUGAUAAGCGGAAGCCCCCUAUCAUCAACAGUGACGGCCCCUCCGGCUCCGUGUCGCCGACCAUGAGUGAUCGGGCUAGUGAUUAGAUAAAUUCGCACUCCCGCGCACAUUGGCGAAGGUGUGCGCUGAUUGUUGACGGUGGUUCUUACCCCGUGUCCCGAUUCCCGUUUGUCAAUAUAAUUCUCAGACGCGUGCUCUGAUCGAGUCAGUUGGAGUGAUUGAAAGCUAAGAGAAGGAACAUCACUCGAGUGUGUUGUACCACCAGUAUUUCGCGUCUGUGCAUAGUGUGUAUGUGUGAUCGUAUCGAAAAGAGCAGCAGCAGCAUAAGCAAAAACAAUGGUACAAGAAACGCAUACUGGAGAAGAGACGACAGUGGCCGCCUCUGUGGUUUCUGAGGUGUUGCAGGAAUCCGUGUCUGCAGUUGAGGAAUCAGAGGCGCAUAAGAAUGGUGACGUAAUAGCCGAAGAGAGAAGUGCGGAACCGACGCCCGAAAGCAAAUCCGUUCCGCCGCAAGCCAGCCCUGCCGAAUCCUCCAAGGUUCUACCACAAUAUCUCUAUGACGCUAUGGAGCAGGUAGCUCGAGAGCAAGGGUUCACCGAGGGCAAAUACACGCUCACCUUUGAUAUUGGCUCGAAUAAGGGCGAUGGUUUUGUGGGCGAAAUGUUUAAGGCGCAUCUCGUCGAAGGAGACCGCCGGGAGGUGUACCUGUGCAAGAUCCCACCCAUAAAUGAGGCCCGCCGGAAACAGUUCCCAUCGUUGAUGAUCUUUGCCCGCGAAACGCUAGCCUACAGCAAGCUGUUGCCACUUAUGUUCGCGUAUCAACGGGAGAAGGGAGUUAGCGAAGCGGACGGGUUCUUUAAUGCACCCAAGUGCUACCACAGUUACUGUAACGAGGCGGCCGAAGAAUCGAUCAUCAUCAUGGAAGACUUACGCCUUCAGAGCUACCGAAUGUGGGAUAAAAUGAAGACGGUCAACUACGAGCAUGCCCGGUUGGUGAUGGAACAGCUUGGGCGACUGCAUGCGGUGUCUUUUGCAUUGAAGCGCGACAGACCGCAGGAGUUCGAGCAGUUCAAGGUGGCGGAUCCGAUGCACGAGAUGAUGCCCGAGGGUAGUCCGUUCGAGAUGAUGAUGAAAAAGGUGAUUGGAGACGCAAUCGAGACGCUCGAUCCGUCUGAGACGAAGGAGCGAAGCAAAAUGCAACAUCUGCAUGAUAACUUCCGUCAGGAGAUGCUACGGUGCUCCAAUAGCGAUCUAGCAGAACCUUACACAGUGCUCGGUCAUGGUGACUGUUGGGUUAACAACAUGAUGUACCGCUAUAAGAACGGAGUUCCCGAGAGGAUCGUACUUCUGGAUUGGCAGAUAGCGCGCUAUGUAACUCCGGUGUUGGAUCUGGCCUACUUUAUCUUCUGCGGUACAGAUGAAGAGUUCCGGCGACGCCAUUAUGACGAGAUGAUGGGCAUCUACUACAACUCACUGGCGGCGCUACUCGAGAAGCUGGGCCACAAUCCGCAGGAGGUGUUCCCGCGCACCGCCCUAAUGCGCCAGCUGCGUACCUUUGGUCGGUUCGGAGUGUUGAUGGCCGUCUUUUUGGUGCCCAUGCUAUGCACUCGGAAUGAGGAUCUGUUGGAUAUGGAUGAGGCAGCCGAAAAGUAUCGCGACGGACAGGAGAUGGAUCUGGGCAUGCUAGUAAGAAAUGCAAACCAGUCUGCGUACGCUGUGCGUAUGCGCGGAGUGAUUAAGGACAUUGUCAGAUAUGGGUAUCUGUAGGCGAGAUCCUGACUUUUGGUUCAGUUGUUUCAGAAGUGAGAAUUACGCGUAUCGCACGUAUCGUACGUAAAGGGUUUCGUCACCUCACUGCGUUCACGGCAGACUCCGUUGUCUUAUCUACGUAAUGCGAGGCUAUUCGACUCGCAGAAGACUUGUGACGCGGUCAGAUAAGAUCGGAGCACCCUAUUGGGGACACGGAAUUUGGUUAGCGUGAUGAAGCUCUUGUUACUCGCUUACAGGAUGGAACUGCGCAAUAGCUCAGUGUCUCGGUACGAUUUAAAUGUAAAUACAGAACUAUUUGUAAUUGUGUUGCAAAGAUUUGGUUGGGGUGUUGUGGGGUCUCGCUUUGCUGCUGAAAAUGAUCUAGUGAAUUUCUGUCUAAUCUUCAACGGCCAAAAAGGAGUGUGAAGAAACUCAUUUGGUCUCGAUUUUCAUAACUAACAGCCAACUGUUCAUCUUUUUUUUUAAACUAUGUCUUAGUUUGCCCUUCAAGCGUAAAUAAACUUCUCUUGCCAUAUAUCUCUGCACUUCAGCAACUGUUGUUGACGCACUAAACUUGUUUCCAUGGCCACUGUGUUUUUGAUGGCAGAAUGCUUAGUGCCAAUACAC